AUGGCGUCGUCGUCGUCGUGGGCCCUGGCUCUCCUGGCCUGGCCGCUGCUGCUGCCGCUGCUGCUCUGUCCGGAGCCGGGCCACACCUCGGGGUCCCCGGGAGCCCCCCGGCCCCCCCUCCGGCACCUCCCCGGCCUCCUGGGGCCCUCCCAGCCCCCCGAGCCCCCGUGGUGGACGUGCGGCCAUCGAAUGACCAGGAUAACUGGCGGAAGGCCGGCGGCUGAGCGGAAGUGGCCGUGGCAAGUGAGCCUGCAGAUCAGCGACAUUCAUGUCUGCGGGGGCACGCUCAUCGCCAAUCGGUGGGUGCUGACGGCUGCCCACUGUAUAUAUGGCCAUCUGGAAUACAUCGUGAAGCUGGGCGAUAUCGAUUUGGACCACAAAUCUGCCACAGCUGCUGUGAUCCCAGUCCAAGAUAUCGUUAUCCACCAGGAUUAUUCUCCUAUGGGAACCAUGUCCCACGACAUCGCCCUGGCUUUGCUGGCUUUCCCUGUGAACUACUCUUCCCACAUCCAGCCAGUGUGUCUGCCUGAGAGAGCCUUCUCCGUCCAGACUGGAACUCCGUGCUGGGUGACCGGAUGGGGCAAACUAAAGGAGUCAGGUGAGACUCCAGCCAUCCUCCACGAAACCCAGCUGAACAUUCUUCAUUAUAAGGAAUGUAACGAAAUACUCAAGAGAAUAAUGUUAAGCAGUAUCAAUGUGAUCAGGAAAGGGACGGUCUGUGCCUACAGUUACAAAGGAAGGGACUCCUGUAAGGGAGAUUCCGGAGGACCCCUGGUGUGUGAAUUCAAUGACACGUGGAUGCAGGUGGGCAUUGUGAGCUGGGGUAUCGGCUGCGGGCACAGGGGCUACCCUGGCGUCUACACAGAGGUCAGUUUCUACAAGAACUGGCUCAUCAGGCAAGUGAGUCAUGCUUCGUGUUGGGGCGCAGUAGCCCCCCUGCUUUUCAGCCUGUGCCUCAUGCUGCACCUGGCCGUCGUGGUAGCUCCAUGA